AUGGCAUUAAAUAAAAUUAGUACAUUUACAUGGUUUUCAAGAAAUCUUCAUAUAACAAAAAAAACACCACAAAAUAAUGUAGAAAAAAUCAUAAAAAAUGAAAAGUUUCUAGAGAUUAUGAAUGAUAUUGCAGCAUCAUCAUUACAAAAAAAUACUACUAAAUCAUCAUCGUUAAUAAGAAAACAAAAAGAUGAUGAUGAAUUGGCAAUGAUAGAAAAAAAUGAAGAUCAACAGUCGGAAAAAGAGUUGAUUAGACAAUCAGAGGCUGCAAAAUUUGGAAGUAAAAAGAUUGGGUGGACUUUAUUACCUAAUUGGUUGUCUGAUGGUGUUAAAACUAUUUUAGAAGGCAGAGAGCUUUCUACAAUUCAAUAUGAUGUUUUACGUAUAUAUAAAUCUUUGAGAUCAAGAACAGGUCAUGAAAUAAAAAAUAAAGAUGCAAUCCAAAAGUUCAAAAGAAGUUCCCAAAAUGAGACAUCAAUCCCUCAUGUACUCGAGUAUGGUGAACGUGAAUCCAUAGCAUAUAUAGCAGGUUAUCUACCGGUCACUUAUGGACCAACAUUUAAUGUUCUAACAGAAGUGAGCACAAGAAUUCCAGAUUUUUCACCAAAAAGUGUUUUGGAUUUUGGUACUGGUCCUGGUACUGCAAUAUGGUUGCAACCCACAUAUGAUCUUGUAAUAAGCGCAUUCACACUAACUGAAUUACCAAACAUUAAAAUUAUUGACUCAAUUUUGGAAGAUUUAUGGAAAAGAACAAAUGAUGUUUUGUGUCCACAUGAUGGUCAAUGUCCUUUACAAAAUUCAAAAAAUUGGUGCCAUUUUUCACAAAAAAUAAAUCGACCUGGUUAUUUUAGUAAAGUAAAGAAUUCUAAACAUUCGAAUUAUGAAGAGUCAAAGUAUACAUAUGUUAUUAUUCGAAAAGGAGAACGUCCCAAAUCAAUGGUGUCAGCAGAAUUGUCCAAGUCAGUAGAAUCAGUUGAAUCAACCAGAUCGGCAGAUCAUGUUCAUGAAGCAUAUAAUUGGUCACGUCUCAUCUUACCACCUAUUAAACGUGGUGAACAUGUAUUAUUGGAUUGUUGUUCAAAGAAUGGAUCUAUUGAAAGAAUUAUUAUUCCAAAAUCUCAAGGCAGAUUGAUAUAUCGAGAUGCACGUAAAUCAAAUUGGGGAGAUUUGUUUCCACAUUAUCCAAAAAAGCCUGGUGUUCGGUUAUUUAAUUUUGAUGAUAGCCCUGAUAAUUAA